AUGACGAAAGAUAGAAUUAACUUUAGACAUUCCAUGAAGAAUGCACAUGGUUCUCUUGAGAUGGAAAAUGCUGUUGGCGUUACUGAAUUACGUACAGCUAAUCUUUCACGUUGUAGUAUGGAUGAGGUAAGAAACGCACGAGUGACAGGAUUAAUGAAAUGGUCUUUUGAUGAUUUUAUUGUGAAAGAAGUUUGGCCUGAUGUUAUUUUUUCCAAAAUGGAAUCUAAAGAAAAGUCUAAUACUACCGGGGGAAUCUCUCGAUUUCUACUUCCUGUUAUCUCUGAAGGGGUUCCGGAUGGGGCCAUUGCAACUCUUAUUGAAGAGAAAUGUCCUAUAGGAACUUCUGUGCAAUUUGUCUCUCCAGUAGAUUUUGGAAGUUGUCAAGAACGUUUUGUAUUAGUUUAUACUAAAUCCCGUAAUGCUCUCUCUCAUUUUCAACAACAAGAACAACAACAACAACAGAAAUUUAAUAUUUCGGAUGGAGUUGUUUAUAUUGGAAAAGCUAUAGAUAUUUCAACAUUACAAGAACCAUUAUCCCCAUUACCUAUUCAUCUUUUACCAGAUCUACGUUACCGUAUUGUUUUAAGAGGUAUAAAAGGAGCUUUGGCAGAUCUUCUUCCACGUUUAGAAAAUUUACAAUCCAAUGGAUUUUUAAAUUAUUCACAUUUAGCUCGUCAUGGUGUUGGUCUUUUUCGCACUUUUGAAUCUGGAAGAUUUCUUCUUCAUAGAGAAUAUCCAAGUUUUAUUUCUUCUUAUAUUUUGGGCUUAACAGAACGUUCACCACUUCUGCGUAAAGAAAUUAAUCCUCUUUUAGAAAUCAUUGCAAAUCCAAAAUCUACUCGAGAAGAUUGGAAAGGUGUAAAGAAAAGUUUAGAAUAUGCGUUAAAAAAAGAUGAACCUAUUGUACGUCGUCCACAGACUGGAUUAUAUUAUCCACAUCAUAUUCUUUUACGUGAUUUUCUAGAAAGAGCAGCAGAUAUUUUCCCAGUUCAUCAUGAUUCGGCUCAAGUUAUUCGUGAAAGUAUUCCUCGUUUAAUUAUACAAGAAAAACUUAGAAGUGUAGCAGAUGUUCAUUUUAAUGCAAUGGCAUCCCUUCGCUGGGAACUUUAUGGAGACAAAGUUGUUAUUGGAGAUCUUGUUAUUCCUAAAAAAGAUGAAGAAAGAGAUUUAUUAGAUAUUUUUGAAGCCCCUGCAGAUCAUGUAAAUGGAAAUAUGACUUCUUUACGUCAUCCUGAGUGGCUUUCUAUUUGUGGAGAAAAACAUUUAAAUAAUUUAAUUGGACGUGUUCGAAUUAUACAAAGUCGUGAAGAAGCCGAAAAGUUUUCCAUUGAUGAUGUAGUUUUACCUGUAUUGGGUUUUGGUGCAGAACGUUUAAUUCUCCCUCAUCAUCGAAUGAAAGAGGCAUCUGAACGAUUAUCACAUGAAUUUCAAAUUGAAGGAUUAUCAGAAAUGAAAAUUUCUCCUCCAGCCACUUAUCGUCGUCUUGUUGUUCGACCAAAGGACCUUAGUUAUUGUCUAUUUGAUGAUGAGAGAGGAUGGAGUUGGGAAAGUCAUCCUGAUAUUCCCAUUCGUCCUCAGCUGUAUAAAGAUCAGGAUGGCAUCACACGGCAAAUAUCACCUUUCUUUCUCGCGAGUGGGAAAAAAAAUAUGAUUGCUCGAAGUGGAUUUCGUGGUAUUGAAGAGAGAAGUCAUUUUCUUAAACCUGCGAGACGGCCUGGAAUGACAUGUAUUGUAGAAAUGACAUUACCACGUGGUUCAGCUGUGAGUUCUGCCCUUCGUGAAGUACUUCAGUUUGCCACUAUUGAUCCAGGAGCUAUUUUUCAUCUUCUUCGAUGA